UGCGCCGCGCCGUCCUCGAAAUUAAAUAAACUGAUAAUGUGAUAAAAUAAAAUAUUAUUGUAAAUUGAUAUCAAGCAGACAAUGCUCAGUUAUUGACCAUCAAUAAUUUAUAAAUGUAUAUUAACGGUUAUAAAAACGGUAAAGCGAAGAAAUGAAAACUUACCUUGUUUUGAUCCUAGUGUGUUCUGUUUUCUGCAACAAUGAUAAGGAAGCCGAAGAGAGGAAAAGGAGAAUAAUAGAGCAACUAACGAAAACUAAACCCGUGAUAUUAAAAGACUACCAUUUAGUGACGAGACAUGUCGGCCUGGAUGUGUAUCGGUUUCGAAGUUACCGCAGUGUUUCAAUUGUUUCUUACCCUAUAGAUAAUGAUGUAAGCGAAGCCCGCUUCAUAUUUCAAUCUGAGGAACUGCAUUUAAAUAAUAUCGGGUCCUGCAGCCCCCAAGACGUGGUAAUCCAACUCAAGCACGGCUCCUUCCCUGCUGUCAAUCCCGACGGGUAUCCUUUCCCGAAGGACUUCAUAGAUCCAGCCAAAAGACCAGGGAUACAUACCCUGGAGCUGUUAUCAGAUGGUACCAAUACCACGUAUUCCUUACUAAACCCGAAGCCAGGGACGUGGUAUGGCCUGGUGUAUAUAAAGUGGGAGGAUCCCAGGACACAGCAGGUGGCACAGGAAGGGUUAGUAGCCGAUUGUCAUACGCUGUUAUAUACGGAUUUGCAAGUUAAAAAAGAUGAGAUUUCACGCUACAUUAGCUGCUACGACGAUAUCAAUGUUAACCUGCUACCAGCCAGUUACAAAUGCAAAACUAGAGAUGCAAUCGAACCGGUAACCCUCAAUUUUAAAGUGGAGGACGUAACGGCGAACGAUGAGAAAGUAUUCAUUACAAUACAAGCGGAAAGCUUGCCGACUGACGAAGAUUUUAUUCUGCACUGCGUUUUUGAUCCCAACGUGGAUCCGUCCCAGAAACUGACAUUCCUUUCCUAUCCGGCGUCCACUCAUAUUAUCACCGUCGACAGCGUAGGAGGCAACGUAUCUCAUAUACCAGAUUGCGAGUCGUAUAUCAUUCCAGAUUUCAACGAUAUUGAGAACCAAACGCUGGUAGAUCUGAUGCGGGAUGACAAAGACAGAUUCUUCACAUUCGAUUAUGGACUACCCACAACAGAUAUCCAGGACGUUACGAGUUUGGUCAACCUAACUUCAGACGAGAUGAAAACUCUAAGGUUUAGUAUCAACCAGUUCGUAGAUAUUGGGGGGAAUUUGGCGAUCGAUGUCAGCUUAAUAAUGGGCAUAAAAUACUACAUGGGAUACAAGAGAGAACUAGUGAAUGGCUCCCUCCUAACAUUUACGGAGGACAACCAAUUCUUCAAGGUGGUGAUAUGCCUGAACCUUGGUCAUCCGAGCAUUCCUCUCGAUAACGGCUACUGCAAAUUCAACGACCACGUCAAACCAGCUAACUUCAUUCUCAACAGCACCGACUCCGAUUCCAUCUACGACAAGGUCAUCAUUCCGUAUCCUGAGAGUGGGACUUGGUACAUCUCUUUCCGGAUGUUCUGCGACAGCGUCGUCUGUCCUUGUCGCACGUCGCACAACGGUACUAAAUACUACGUGGAGACAAAGACGGAUAGAGAGGAUGAUGUUAUCUCUUCUAAUUCGACGAGGGAAGGAGCUAGUAGAUGUAACGCGACAGUGGUUUUGUCUGUAUCGUCGGCGUCGUGUCUAAGUGGGCAGUGCAGCAACUAUGGCAACUGUGCCUGGAAUACCUUCAGUGGACUAGUGAUAUCUUACUGCUCCUGCUCGGCUGGAUAUGGAGGUUGGGACUGCUCCGAUGACUCUAGAAUGGACAGCCGAGUUGCCAUGAUAGUGUCGGUACUACUGCUGACUCUCAGUAACUUGCUGUUCCUGUUCUCCGUGUACAUCGCUAUAAUACGGAUGUAUUAUUCCGAGGCUCUGAUAUACGCUUUCACGAUGGUCUUCUCAACCUUCUACCACGCCUGCGAUGCGCCUGCGCAGGUGUCCUAUUGCAUCAUACGCGGCAACGUGCUCCAGUUCGGCGACUUCUACUGCGGCCUCAUGUCUUUCUGGAUGACGCUCAUCGCAAUGAGCACGGUACCCACCAAGCAUUUCCUCCAACUAGUAGGUGCGAUAGUGAUAGCACUAUUCACCACAUGGAACAUGCACUCUUUCCUCUCUUUCCUACUCCCCGUAGCAACGGGCGGUACGAUACUUCUGGCCUCCUGGUAUAUCUACUAUAGAGUUAACAACCGAUGGCGUUACCCAAGGAGCUACUAUUCCAUAUACUUCCCGAUCGGCCUAGUUUUAGUGUCUAUAGGGUUGAUCUGCUACGCGUUUCUGCAGACCGAACAGAACUAUAAAAUAGUACAUUCCAUAUGGCAUGCUAUAGUCGCUAUUAGCGUGGUGUUUUUACUACCGGAUGGUAAGAGACGGAAUGUGAACCCGUUUCUACCGAACAGAGAGUACUAUAAGGGUCCUCUUUGGAGGGUUUUUAAUCUGUCGAGAGAUACAGGGGACUCAAAUCAUAUAAACUCAGAUCCGUCCGGCCGGUUGUCCAAUUAGGUUUAUAGUCUACGUUUGGGCACUUUUUUUAGUGUAAGAAAGCCUAUUGAACAAAGAAUUAUGCUAGCUCCAAAAGCUAGCCCUGUUGUGUUUAGGAUUGUUAUAUGGUAAUAGUUGGGGAGGGGAAGAGGGGAUUUCAGAAUAAGCUCG